AUGGCACGCGUUGAAACUCCUCCGUCUUGCCAAACUAACCCACCAAAUGUGGCCAAGCCCGGACCUAUACUUGACCAGGUCGGUCGUCCGCCUCAAUGUGCACUACCAUCGAGUAAACCUGCUGCUGGCGACAGUACCAAGGUUGAAGAAAGUUCGGUUCUGGAAACGGUCAAAUGUAUUUUAAAGAAGAAGCAACUGAGAGUUGAGAAAGUAAGUUCAAUUUGCAAUUGUUUGGUUUUUGAGCACGUUUUUUGGAUUUUUCGAUAUUAUAGUAGGUUAAAAGUGGAAAAUCUGGAGCUUUCAGUUCAUUUUUGUGAAUGUAAAUAAAUAGGUUUGGUAAAGCAUAAAAAUCAGUGUAAUUUACGAAAUUUUCAUGUCGAUAUCGUUAUUUUCGGCGAAGUUAUAACGAAUUUAACAUGGUGAAUAUCGAAAACUAGCGAUUUUUUCACAUUUGGUUGUUUUUCUUCUUUUACGAUGUAAAAUAGCUAUUUUUUAAAUUUUUUUUUUUAAUUUCACAUUUUGAAAAUAUUUUUUAGAGGGAGGAACCACCCAAAAAGGCGACCCGGCCAAUUUUUGAAGCCGAGCCCGUAACUGAAAUUCCUGUUGAAUAUUUGCCUGGACUUCCUGACGGUAUUGGUGCUAACAGGCUGUCUUAUCAGUCUCCAGGACGAAUUAUUAAGGUGAGACUAAUUUUCAAGGUUACUAUGUUUUAACUGAAAAGGUUAUCAAGUUAUGUUGUUGUAGGUAUAUCUAGUGUAAUAUAGGUUUUCAAGUUUUUGGAGGAGAUUUUAAAUUUUUUGGUAUGAAUAUGGAGUAGUACUUGAAUUUUUUAUUUUUUUUUCAUUUUUUGGUUGAUGUAAAAGCUUUUUGCGCGGGCAGUAUGAAUUUAUUGAUUGCACGGUGCAGUUUCUAAAAAUAGUAAUGUAGUUUCGAAAAGUGAGAAAAUCAUGUCGACUUGGUUUGCAUAUCGAAGGCAAUAGUAUAUCUUUUAGUGUGCCAAGAUGUUUGUCCCAGAAGUUCAGAACUACAACUUUAUUGGUCGUAUCAUUGGUCCUCGUGGCAUGUCAGUACGCCGUAUUGAAGCGGAAACCAGUUGCAAGUAUCUGAUUAGAGGAAAGGGAUCUGUGAAAGUGAGUGUUGUUAUGAUUUUGAUAUUUUGAUUUUUUUUUAAAUUUGAAGUUUGAAAAUUUUGAAGUUUUUUUUAAAUUUUGGUACUAUACCUAAAUUACAAUAACUUCAGGACCCAGUACGUGAAGACAGCCUUCGCGGUAAAGCCGGCUGGCUACACCUAGAAGAGCCACUACAUGUUCUUGUAGCCUGUGCCGACGUGGACGAGAAACGGUGCAGCGAACGGCUAGCCAUUGGCGUGGCAGCAGUCCAAGCCCUACUGACCCCAACUUACGACGAGUUCAAACGCCAACAACUGGUCCAAUUGGCGCUGAUCAACGGAACCUACCGCCCUUAA